AUGAGCAGCAACAGAGACCAGCAGUCCCCACAGACACAAAAAGGCCUCCCCAGCAGCAAAGCAUCAGCAACAGCAGCAAAGCAUCAGCAGCAGCAGCAGCAGCAGCGAAGCAGCAGCAGCAGCAGCACCAGCGAAGCAGCAGGAGCAGCAGCAGCAGCGAAGCAGCAGGAGCAGCAGCAGCAGGUUACGUGGGGCGCGGCUUCGGCAAUGAGUGCAGCAGCAGCUGCUGCGUCGAGGGAAAAAGAGACAGCAGCAAAAAAGGACAAAAAAGAAGCAGCUGAAUCAUUGUCCCUAAGCAGCAGCAAUAGCAAAACAGCAAAACCCCAGAGUCUACUGAUUAGGGUUUAG